GGGUGCCGGGCCAGGCCGGGCGGGCGUUAUUCAUCCCAACUCGAGGGGCAUUUCCGUAACCCCUUCCCAUAAAAGCCUCACCUCGACCGGCUGUCCAAAGCCGACACCGUGGGGGAAAAGCGGCCCCCGACAAAGCCCCCUCAACUUUGAACAAAAUUACGAUUCUCCCACCAUAAAGCAACCGCAGCUCGCGAUGGAAAUGGAAUCAUCAUCGGGCGAGCCUUGGGGACUCAGAAGCCUCAGGCUGAGAAAGCCGCCUACUGACGGCGAUUCCGCCGGCGGAUCCAGCGCCGGAUAUGCGGCGGAGGAAAAGGGAGAGCCGCUGAGCCCGGCGGGGCGGCUGUUUCACUCGCCGAACUUCAACUGCUGCAUCGUGGCGAUCAUGGGGUGCCGCACGGAGAUCAACCCAGUGGUGAUAAAGGCUGGGCUGGUGAACACUCUGCUCAAGCACCCCCGCUUCUCCGGCAAACUGGUCAUCGAUGGUAAAAAAGGUGGGAAGAAGAGAUGGGUUCGGACAACGGUGAACUUAGAUGACCAUAUUACUAUUCCAGAUUUAGACCCCAAUGUAGAUGCACCAGACAAAUUUGUUGAAGACUAUGUCUCAAAUCUUACUAAGAUCCCAAUGGAUCUCUCGAAGCCGUUAUGGGAACUCCACAUCCUCAACAUCAAAACCUCAGAUGCAAAUGCUGUUGGAAUUUUUCGGAUUCACCACUCAAUUGGUGAUGGUGUGUCCCUUAUAUCUGUCCUCCUUGCUUGUACUCGGAAGACAUCUGACCCAGAAGCAUUGCCUACUAUUCCAACUCAGAAACGGGCUGGUUCUAGAAGUUCAUGUGGGUUUUGGCAGUUCUUAAAGAUUAUAUGGUUGGUGUUUAAGCUCUUUUGGAACACAUUUGUGGAUGUUUUGUUUUUUGUAGCAACUAUGAUUUUUUUGAAGGACAAAGAUACACCUAUUAAGGGUGCACCCAAUGUCGGUUGGACUGUUAAACGGUUUGUGCACCGAACAGUUAGCCUCGAUGAGAUAAAGCUGGUGAAGAAUGCCACAAAUGCGACCAUUAAUGACGUUAUAUUGGGAGUAACACAUGCUGGUCUUGCUCAAUAUCUUAGUCGGAGAUAUGGCGAACGAGAGAGUAAUAAGGGUGCAGCUAAGAAGGGGAAUAAUCUCCCAAAACGUAUUCGCCUCAGGUCAGCCCUUCUCGUUAACAUCAGACCAUCUGCAGGGAUUGAGGAAGUUGCUGAUAUGAUGAUGAAGUCCAAGUUCAAGUGGGGUAACUGGAUUGGCUAUAUCUUACUCCCUUUCCCAAUUGCUUUACAAGAUGACCCGUUGGAGUACAUUCAUCGGGCAAAAGCAACUAUUGAUCGGAAAAAGCUCUCACUCGAACCCAUUUUGACAUACACAAGUGCUAAGCUAUUACUCAAUAUAUUUGGAGUAAAGGUUGCUGCAGCUCUAAUUCACAGAGUUCUAUCUAACACUACAAUGUCAUUUUCAAAUGUGGUUGGUCCGGUUGAGGAAAUUAGCUUCUGUGGCCAUCCUUUGGCUUACCUUGCUCCUAGUGUUUACGGGCAUCCCCAUGCAUUGACGGUCCAUUUUCAAAGUUACAUGAACAAGAUGACCAUCGUUGCAGGAGUUGAUCAAGACGUGAUUCCCGACCCGCACAAGCUUUGUGAUGAUUUCGAGGAAUCUCUCAAGCUCAUCAAGAAUGCUGCUGUGGAAAAAGGGUUGAUCAAGAAUGACAUUCAGUAAGAGGGAGCUGUUUGUAGCACUUGUUGUUGUGACAUUUCCUAGAAUAUCUCGAGUGAAAGAACAACUUUCUUUGUUUCCUUUUACUGUUUUGGUUAUAGUCAAAGCUUCUCCAUUGGCUGUAUAUCAGAUUGCCAAAAAGAUGGCUAAUGUUCUUUCACUAA